CGUCAUCCGGGACAAACCCUGACCAUUCCAAUAAAUUCAGAUUCCCAUCAACAUUUCCUCAAACACCUUCCUUGCAAUUUCAAAUAACCAAUAAUAUCUCACUCCUUCCGUAAGCUCACUGCACCCAAUCUACCCUUCAUCUUCUUCUUUACACCACUCUACUCACCGGUGACUCCACUUCUGAAGCUUCUCCGUUUGUAUUAGAUUUCUCUCGAUCAACACUCGUUUAUGUAGUUUUCUCCAAAUCAUAACUCACUUUAGGAGGUAUAAGAAUCAAUCGAUACAAUGCGAGAGUGCUAUUCGCCAGAAUCCAGAUCCAUGAACAAGGAUUCAACUUCAUUUCGUAAUUCUGGUGCAUACACAAGCCCAGGUACUCCCGAUUACGGGGAUAACCAUGGGAGAGGAUUUCAAAAGGGUUGGUGUUCAGAGAGGAUACCAUUACCAAACACCUGUAACAGAAGGCGUAUCAGUGCCAACAUCUUAAUGCCCUUCAACAAUGGCAGAACACUACCUUCAAAAUGGGACGAUGCAGAAAGGUGGAUCACAAGUCCAGUGUCUGGUUCUGGUUCUGGUGUAUUCAAGACUCAAGCACCACCACCACCACCUCAGAGAAGACCUAAGUCAAAAAGUGGACCACUGGGGCCCACUCCUGGGACUAUUACAUACUCUUCAAACUAUUCACCUGGAUUCCAGUUUCUUGAAGGUGGAAACACGAAUAAUGUGUUCAUGGGUUCACCAUUUUCAACUGGUGUUUUGGUACCUAAUGGAUAUUCUUUUCAUCAUCAUACUGGUGAAAAGAUUGAUGAAAACAAUGUUACUUGUGUUGUCUCAAGGCGAGAUAUGGCUACCCAAAUGAGCCCAGAAGACUGCCCGGAGUCCUGCCCGGAUGGAAGGUUGUUCCUCUCCACCUCUCCUCCACCAAUUCCUUCACCUGUGGAGGAUCGCCGCCAGCAAGUCAGGGAUGUCCAGGUGGACAAAAGAGUCACCAUGACAAAGCAAACAAAAAGAAACACUAGGAGAGUUGAAAAGAAUCAGUCAACAGAGAUCAAUGACUUGGCUUUGACUUGGAAUAAUCCUACAGAAGGAGAAAUGGAAUUGUCAAAGCUCCAAAAAGAGGAAGCAAGGAUUGUGGCUUGGGAGAAUCUGCAAAAUGCAAAAGCAGAGGCAUCAAUUCGAAAGCUUGAGAUGAAAUUGGAAAAGAAGAAAUCAGCAUCUAUGGAGAAAAUCAUGAAGAAGCUUACAAUUGCACAAAUGAAAGCUCAAGAAAUGAGAAAAAAGAUAUUUCUCUCACUUGCUGCUUUUUUGUUCAUUAAUCCUCCAUUGAAUCAGUUUGGAAGUGGCAAUUGAAGAUAUGGGUGAUAGGGUAGAUAACUAUGGUACAGUUUGUGCUUCACUAUGAAAAUGGUGGACUAUAAGCAUCUUCUUCGUGGGGAAAAUGCAAAUUUUGUAAUGAGUGGAUGUCCAUGGACUAUUUUUAGAGGUUUUAGUUAAGGUAAAUGAUACAUAUGCAUAAUCAACAUCGUUUUUAAUGAAUCUAGGGUAAAUCAUUGCAGAAAUGA